AUGGGGAACAUACUGACCUGUUGUGUGCGCCCCAGCGACCCUGAGUUUGACCAGAAACAGGGGUCCAUGUGUCCCUCUGAAUCUGAGAUCUAUGAGGCAGAAGCUGGGGACAGGAUGGCAGGAGCUGGGAACAGAAUGGCAGGAGCUGGGGACAGGAUGGCAGGAGCUGGGGCCGGGAUGGAAGGGGCACCCAUGGCUGCUGCUGUGCAGCCUGCUGAGGUGACUGUCGAAGUUGGUGAGGACCUCCACAUGCACCACAUCCAUGACCGGGAGAUGCCUGAAGCUUUGGAGUUUAACCCUUCUGCCAAUCCAGAGGCAAGCACAAUAUUCCAGAGGAACUCUCAGACAGAUGCUUUGGAUUUUAACCCUUCUGCCAAUCCAGAGGCAACCACAAUAUUCCAGAGGAACUCUCAAACAGAUGUUGUAGAAAUAAGAAGAAGCAGUUGUACAAACCAUGUAUCUACUGUGCGUUUCAGUCAACAAUACAGCUCAUGUUCAACAAUCUUCCUUGAUGACAGCACAGCCAGCCAGCCUUAUCUUACAAUGACAAUAAUAUCAGUGACUUUGGAGAUACAUCAUGAUAUCACGCAAAGACAUGCAGAUGGAUCUUUGAGCAUAUUUGAUGAACAGUUAUACUCAUUUACGGUAAGUGGCACUUUUAUUGAGAUUGUUUCCACCAUGCACAUUACCCAGACAAGAAGUGGAGGUGGGAGUUUUAGUAAGGAUUCCUCCUUCAUUCCAUCGACUCCCAGCACCAGCCAGGAGGACCUUCAGAUCAAUGUUCCUCCCACUGCAGACACACCCACGCCCGUUCGCAAGCAGUCCAAGCGCUGGUCCAAGCUGUUUACAUCUGAGAAAGGGAGUCACCCAGACAAAGAGAACAAAGCCCGGGAGAGCCAUGCUGACACCAUCGGGAGUGGCAGAGCCAUCCCCAUUAAACAGGGCAUGCUCUUAAAGCUAAAUGGGAAAUGGCUGAAGAAAUGGAAAAAGAAAUAUGCCACCCUCUGUGACAAUGGCAUGCUCACCUAUUAUUCAAGCUUAGGUGAUUAUAUGAAGAAUAUUCACAAAAAAGAGAUUGACCUUCGAACAUGUACCAUCGAAGUCCCAGGAAAGAGGCCACCCCUAGCCACACUGGCCUGCGCACCCAUUUCCAGCUCUAAAGGCAAUGGCCUAUUCAAGGACAUGAACAGUCUAUGUACCUCAGCCAAUUCAGACACCGGACUGGGUGACUCCAUAUGCUCCAGCCCCAAUAUCUCCAGCACCACCAGCCCCAAGCUCAACCCACCCCCCUCUUCUCAUGCCAACAAAAAGAAACACCAAAGGAAGAAAUGCACCAACAACUUAAAAGACAAUGACCUGUCUGGCACUGCUGAAAAACAAGCAGAAAACUUUAUCAUUGUGUCCCUCACUGGCCAAAUGUGGCACUUUGAAGCCACGUCAUAUGAGGAGCGAGAUGCCUGGGUCCAAGCCAUCGAGAGCCAGAUCGUGGCCAGCCUGCAGUCAUGCUAG